AUGUGGUCUUGCAGUUGCUGCCCAAGGACCCAAAGGGCGCAGAGCGCCCAGGCCGCGGAGGUCACCGAGAGCGCAGCGCAGCAGUUGAUCCAAGGGCUUCAACAGAAGCUGGCGAGCGUCGCCUUGGUGCUCUAUGACCGGCAGCGGCGUUUGUUGGCAUUGAAGUGGCGGCCCAGUGCCUUCUUUCCUCAGCCUCAAACGGUGCUGAUGGGUUCCGUUCCCCACACGGUGAUCGAGCAAGGAGACGACGCACCCCUCUGUGUGCCCAAUGUGCUCUGCAUCUUAUCGCACGUCUCGGCACUGGCAGAGGCUCACCUGGCGGGGAGGUGUGGAGGAUCCUUCCGUCGGGGAACGGCACCGGAGGUUGACCUGGAGUUCGUCCACGUGUGGAGAACACGUGAUGAGUCGCCCGGACGUUCGUCUUCGUUGUGA